AUGGAUAAAUCCAUUUCUAUUCCGUUUCCUUCGAUGAUAAAGAAAGCCAAGAAAGCUCCGGAGUUUGAUUUGAACAUGCUUCAAGUAUUCAAGAAAGUUGAGGUAACCAUCCCACUCCUUGACGUCAUUCAACAAAUUUCGAAGUAUGCAAAAUUUUUAAAAGACUUGUGCACACACAAGGAUAGGAUAGGUGAGUUGGAGACAUUGACAUUGGGUAGUUCUAUUUCUGCAUUGAUGAAGCCUAUUCUUGAAAAGUUUGGUGAUCCUGGACAUUGUUUGGUUUGUUGUCGUAUUGGUGGAGUUGUUUUUCAUGACUGUAUGUGCGAUUUAGGAGCUUGUAUGAGCAUCAUGCCAUUCUCAGUGUUUGCAAGGUUGAAUUUGGCUCCUUUGAAAAGGUCGGCUACAAGGUUUUCCUUAGCCGACAAGAGUGUGAUUACCGUGAUGGGUAUAGCCAAAGAUGUACUUGUGGCAAUCAAGAAUUUGGUAUUUUCGGUCGACUUCUAUAUUCUUGAAAUGCCACCAACAGAGGGUAGAAGUUCCUCCUCCGUUCUACUUGGUAGACCCUUCUUGAAGACCUCUAAAUUCAAGUUGGAUGCCUUCACUGGCACAUAUUCUUUUGAGGUAGUAGCGGAAGUGCAAAGCGAAGAUCACAAUGAGCUAUGCUACUCUAUUGUUGAGGAGAAGGAUGAUCAAGAGGGUGAACAAGGGGAAGUUAUUGAGAAUGAAUCCCAUGAGCUUGGUGAAAAAGAACCCCAAUUGGAGGUAAAAAGUGAAUUGAAGCCUCUUUCAUCUCAUUUGAAGUAUGCAUUCCUUGGGGACAAUCAAAAGUUUAUGGUUAUUAUUGCUAGUAAGCUCUCUAGCCAAGAAGAGGAGAAGCUCCUAGAUGUCCUAAGGAAGCACAAGAAAGCAAUCGGUUGGAGCUUGGGUGACAUUGUGGGAAUCGAUUCACAUAUUGAAUGGGUGAGUCCGAUCCAAGUUGUCCCAAAGAAAUCGGGCAUCACCGCCGUCAAGAAGGAAGAUGGUGAAGUGGUCACCACAAGAGUACAAAAUGCUUGGCGAGUGUGCAUCGAUUAUAGGAGGUUGAAUGUUGCAACGAGAAAAGACCAUUACUCUUUGCCAUUCAUUGACCAAAUGUUGGACCGACUUGCGGGUAAAUCCCAUUAUUGCUUUCUUGAUAGUUUUACUGGAUACUUCCAAAUUCACAUUGCUCCUGAAGAUCAGGAAAAGACCACAUUUACUUGCCCCUUUGGCACCUUUGCUUACAAAAGGAUGCCAUUUGGGCUAUGCAAUGCACCCGCCACUUUUCAGCGGUACAGGACAAGUGUCUUUUCCGAUCUUAUAGAGAGUUGUCUGGAAGUCUUUAUGGAUGACUUUAGUGUGCAUGGAACUUCAUUUGAUAGUUGUUUAGAGAACUUGGCCAAGGUCCUAGCAAGGUGUGUUGACACUAACCUUGUUCUAAAUUUUGAAAAGUGCCAUUUCAUGGUAAGACAAGGCAUAGUGUUAGGACACGUAGUUUCUGACAAGGGCAUUUUUGUGGACCCUGCCAAGGUUAAUGUCAUUACCAGUUUAUCUCACCCCUCAUCUGUGAGGGAGGUCCAUUCCUUUUUGGGGCAUGCAGGAUUCUAUAGGAGCUUUAUCAAGAAUUUCAGCAAGAUUGCAUUGUCAUUGUCGCACAUUCUCCAAAAGAACGUGGACUUUGAGUUUGAUAGUGCUUGUGCGAAAGCAUUUGAGGAGUUGAAGAGAGCUCUUACCAUAGCACCGAUUGUGAGAGGCCCUGAUUGA